AUGGAUCAACAACGAGAUGGCGGAAAUUUCUCACUCUCACUGAGCGCAAUUACCUAUCAAACUGGAACUGGAACUGGAACUGGAACUGGAACUGGCAACAAUCGAGUUGUUGAUGACCAGUACGUUGUGAAGGUUCUCCACGUCCUUCAGGGCGCGCGAGAGACGAGAGUAGCUGCAUGGCUGAGAGAAGAGGGAGACCGACGACGGCUGGUUGAAGGGAAGGACCUUGGGGUUAACUUCACGUAA